AUGGGGGCUAACAUCACAGAGAAUGUCACAUUUAGUGAUAUUUGGAUGAAGCGGAAAACCUUUAGCUUACUUCCCAUGGAGGAGGGUGGUCGGUUCGCUCUUUUUGGAGAUGUCGCACAUAAGAUGACUGUCAACCUGGGACAAGGUGGUAAUUGUGCGAUCGAAAGUGUCGCUGCUCUUGCCAACGCAUUGAACGCCGCUAACCUGUGUCGCUGA